AAUAGUCACUUUUCCCAUAUGGAUUCUGCAACAGACUGGAUUGGAUCUAAAGGCCACCCGGGUCUUGGCCCUGGCAUCCACUAGAGAAUUGACACAGCAGAUACAGAAGGUAGUCAUGGCUUUAAGAGAUUACAUGGUGGCCUCCUGCCUGCCUUGGGGGUACCAGUGUGUGUGCUGAGUUGCAGAAGCUGCAGAUGGAAGCUCCCCAUAUCAUUGUGGGCACCCCAGGCCAUGUGUUUGAUAUGCUUAACCACAGAUACCUGUCUCCCAAAUACAUCAAGAGGUUUGUACUAGAUGAAGCUGAUGAAAUGUUAAGCCAUGGGUUCAAGGACCAGAUCUAUGACAUAUUCCAAAAGCUCAACAGCAACACCCAGGUGGAAUCACUGUCAGCUACAGUGCCUUCCGAUGUGCUUGAGGUGACCAAGAAGUUCAUGAGGGACCCCAUUUGGAUUCUCGUCAAGAAGGAAGAGUUGACUGUGGAGGGUAUCUGCCGAUUCUUCAUCAGUGUGAAAGGAGAGUGGAAGCUGUACAUGUUGUGUGACUUGUAUGAAACCCUCACCAUCACCCAGGCAGUCAUCUUUAUCAACACUGGAAGAAAAGUUGAUUGGCUCACUGAGAAAAUGCACACCUGAGACUUCACUGUCUCUGCUAUGCAUGGAUAUAUGGACCAAAAGGAAUGAAUUGUAAUAAUGAGGGAGUUCCACUCUCGCAAAGUAUGGAUUACUUCACACCUGAUGGCCAGAGACAUUGAUGUGCAACAGGAUUCUUUAGUCAUCAACUAUGACCUUCCCACCAACAGGGAAAACUAUAUCCAUAGAAUCAGUUGGGGUGGACCUUUUGGCCAUAAGGGUGUGGCUAUUAAUAUGGUAACGGAAGAAAACAAGAGGACUUUUUGUUGUUGUUAAUCCUCACUGGAGGAUAUUUUUCCAUUUUUAAAGAGAGUGGAAGAAUUGGGGAGAGACAGAGAGAGAGACACGUCGAUUGGUUGCCUCCAUACACCCUCACCAGUGCUGGGGAUUGAGCCUGCAACCAAGGUACAUGCCCUUUACCGGAAUUGAACCCAGGACCCUUCAGUCCACAGGCCAAUGCUCUAUCCACUGAGCCAAACCAGCUAGGGCAAGAGGACUCUACAACACCUCCAUUGAGGAGAUGCCCCUCAAUGUUGCUGACCUCAUCUCAGAGGGGCUGGCCUGCUACCUUAUCCCAGCCAGGGUUCUCAGUCCUUGGCAGGCUGAGGAGGAGCAGGAGGGGAGAGGGAAUGGAGCCAAGGGAUGGCUAGCUUGUCAUUUUCUUUUUUUUUCCUUUGAAUAAAUGUCACAUUUGAGGCAAAACAAUAAAA